UUCUACCAAUAAUAAACAAUCGAAUUACAAAUUUAGAGAUUGAAUCGAAUAGAAGAUGCUAGAUGGGUGGUAUUGCCGCUCAAUAGCGAACAUGCAGGCCUCAGAGGCCGCGAGUGGAAGCACUUCAUCACCCGUGGAGCCGCAACGGGCACGCGAAAUUCACAAGGAAUAUUCAAGUGACAGUAGCAGCGACGUCGAACCAGAACCGAAUUACCGCGCCCAGUAUAUAGCUCUUAAGAAGAAACUUAAAUAUCUAAUUUAUGAAAAUGAAUGCUUCCAAGAUGCACUAAGGAACAGUCAGAAAAGACUGCUAAAAGUCUCCAGAGAUCGAAGUUUCCUACUGGACCGAUUGCUCCAGUAUGAGAAACCGGACAGUUCCACUUCAGAGAGUGAAGACACAGAGUCAUCUGAUGACACAGAGUAUCACAGAGUUGAUGCUUUAAAGAGAAAGAAGAUUGAAGCGAGUGCUGCCCACGUCACGUCCACGCCUUCCUCACUUGGCAAAGGCACUAAUGCUAUAAAAAAAAAGAGAACUGUCAUCCCUAAGAAACAGGCCAAUGUUAACCAUCCUCACCAAUCGAACGCAGCACUUCUAGCGAAGGCGUCGCCAGCGCUUGGCUUCAGUCUAGCGGGAGACGGUCACAUGACGCCCGAGGAGGUGGAGCGCCAUCUACAGAGCCGCCAGUCCUACCUCGAACUGCUACCUGAACGAGCCCCGCCUACUGUACCCACCGAGAUGUUCAGUAAUGAUCCUUCUUUGGACAGCGAAUCAAACGACGUGUUGGAGAACUCUCCAAAUGUGGAGGAGUGGUUUGACUAGCGGUACAUCAAGCUUCUAAGGAAGCUUCUGACAUAAUUCUAAAAUUGAAAAUUAGUAGAACUUCAAGCAUUAUUCAAUCAUCUUUGUAAACAUAAUUUUCACUAAUACACAGUAUUCAU